AAAUAGUUUUUCUUCCCAAAAAGUAUCAAAAACUCAAUAAAAAUAAUAAAUAUAUAUAAAUAUUAUACGCGAAACUAAUAAAUAAAGUGGAAUUAAUAUAAAUUUAUUAAAGUUGAAUAAAAAAAAAAGAAAACAAUUGAGCGAAAAUGGAUAACACUCGACGUACAACACGAGGUCGUACAAAAAAAGAUGUAGAAACAGUUCCAGCAAAAACAACUGGAAAAACAAAUAUUCCUGUGGCAACUUCAUCCGGCUCGGUUGGGGGUAGAAGAAGUGCUGCUAUAAGUACAGCAUCUACAACAAGUACUGAUUCCUCAGUAUCGACAAGAAGAGCAUCACCAGGUCGUACCAGAUCCUCACCCUCAAGACGGGCAUCACCAGUACGCACCAGAUCCUCACCCUCAAGACGGGCAUCUCCAGUACGAACCCGCAGUUCGCCGGCAAGAACUAGGACUUCGCCGGUACGUAGAUCUUCAAGGCCUCGUUCGACUAUACCCACUGUACAGCCAGCAGUAGCUGCUGCACCUUCAUUAACAACAGCAAAGGAAGAAGUUGAGGAAAAAGUGUCACAUACUUAUUUGCCAACAACACUAACAACUAAUACAUCAACCAGAGCACCUGGUAAAAUUACGACGACUUCAUCAACACAAAGUUCUUACAGUACGACCACCCAAAAGACAGUUGAAAUACGUACAACAAGCGCCUCGGACAUCAACAAAUUAACCGAUUAUAUACGACGCUCUGUUUCAAAGACAUUUUCUAAAGGCGGCGGUGGCGCAGGUGGCGGUACAGGAACACGUGAAGGCUCCUUCACGCCCAGCCAACAUACUGACGGAGAAAGUCGUUACAGUCGUUCUGUGUCACGAUCAGUGUACGAUGGCGAUGACCGCUAUUCGAAGGCAGAAUUUUCCGAUUCCGAAGUAAAUGACAGAGAAGAUGCAAUAGCCGAAGAAAAUGAGGGCAUUGUAUAUGAAGAGGAUGAGCAUUUUAGAAGCUUUAAUGCCACUAGUGUGGCCCAGCCAUCAUUUUGUCGCAAGUUGCCAGUGCCAAAGGAAUUCGGUGGCUGGAUUGGUGUUACUUUCCUAAUGAUUCUAAUACCUGGUUUGGUGUACUAUUUGCAAUGGUGCUGCACUCCUCAGAAAUGUGACUUUAAAAUCCCGAAUUUCAAAGGAUUAUUGGAUAAAAACUAUUGGUUUGACGAUGUGUUUGACGGACAAGUUGUCGCCACAUACUUGGCCUUUCAUUUGGGCAUUUUUGUAUUGUCAGCCUUUCUCUUUGGCCGUGGUGUACGUUUGCCCGGUGCCGUAGAAUACAAAUUUAAUGCAUUGCCCAUGACCAUUGUUUUCUUGUUAGCAUUUGGCGUGGCCGAGUAUUUAAAAUAUCCGGUUGCGGAUUUCAUCAUUAAAAACUAUUCGCGUUUUGGUAUUUAUGCUUUGUUAAAUGCUUACGUGGUAGCCUUGUGGGCCUACAUACGCUCCGAUGUGUUGCGAAAUAAGGACGCUGCUCUCUACAAUAUUUAUGCCAAGUCCGGUAAUAUAUUGGUAGACUAUGCUUUAGGGCGCCAGCUAAAUCCCAAAUGGUUGGGUUUGGUGGAAUUCAAGCAAGUAUUCUACAAAGCCUCUAUAAUAUCAACAUUUAUGUAUGCCGUUUGUCUGAUUUAUAAAAAUGUUCAAUUGCCUUGGUUGCCCAAGGACAGUGAGCUUGGUGUUGAGGCCAUAACAUAUUUCUUUAGCCACAUGAAGUAUGAUGCCACCGCUUUGUUGUGUGCUGUAAUGCUUUUGCUUUAUGUCUUGGAUUCCGUUGUGUUUGAACAUCAUUUGGCUUCUUCAUUUGAACUACAGGGUGAAGGAUUUGGUUGUUUAUUACUGUUGCGUUACGCCGCCACACCAUACUUAGUGUCAGCCGUUGCCAAAUAUUUUUACGAACACCGCACACCUUUGAACUGUAAAUUUGCAGCAUAUAUUCCAUUGUUGCUAUUGACAUUGGGCUUGGGAUUGAAACGUUUGAGCAAUGCCAUUAAAUACAAGUAUCGCGUUCAACCAAAUCAUCCACAUUUCUGUAACAUGGAAACCAUUCACACUUUCCAAGGCAAACGUUUGCUGCUGGGUCCUAUAUGGGGUCGUUUGCGUCAACCCAACUAUUUGGGCGACAUUAUAGCGAUUAUUGCUUUAGGUCUACCUCUUACAAUGCGUUUUGUCUGGCCACCUUUGGUUUGCUUAACAUUAAUUGUAGUUUUACUUGUACACCGUUGCUUCCGUGUGAAUGCCAGAAACACCUCACGUUAUCACUCGUCGUGGGUGCGAUAUCGCAGUAUAGCUCGUAAUUAUCUGGUGCCCAAAAUAUUUUAAAUUUAUUUUAUCUAUUACAUACAUAUUUGCAAAACAAUUUAAAUUCGAAUUUUUUAUUUUUUUUAAAUUCCCACCGUUUUAGUUUUUAAUUGUAGUUAAUUUGGCUUUUAUUUUGUAAUUCGUUUUUUAUAUGUAUUUGUGUCUGACAAACAAAUUUUGUAAAUAUGUUUUUAUUUCAAAAUUAACAAAAUCUGUGUGUGUCCCCCCACCAUCACUAACAUAUUUGUGGCUACAGUUGCUAAAACUAAGAAACAUCAUAUUUUAUUUUCUAAAUAUGCUAACAUUUUUCAUAAUUUAAGUAAUUUUAUUAAAAAUGACAAUUUUUAUAAUUAAAUAAAAAGGCUUUUUUUAAUUGUUUGAUUUUCAUUGGUAGUCAACAAUAUUCACAUACAUAUAUAAAGUGUGUAUUUUUAAAUUAAAUUAAAAAUUAAUUCAUAUUUUAUAAUUAGGAUAUUCUAUAAUUCAACAAACAGAACAAAAAAACAACAACGUAUCAAGCUCAUGAGUGAGUAUCACAUAAAGUGUUGCACUCGAAUAAAGUUUUGCACUCAUUAAUCGGUAAAGAAAGACAUUAUUUACCUAAUAAUAAACCCAUUUAAUAUCUAAGCUAUUUUACUACGUCUGUAUAUAAUUUAUUAUUAUAUUAUGUAUUUUACUCAUAUGUAUGUUUAUUUUAGUUUAAAAUUGUACGAAUAUUUUUUAAAGGAUAAAUAAAAGUUUAGACUAAAACUUAACGAACAUAUAGUGUUACUCGGCUACACCCCCAUCGCAGAAAAUAAAAACUAUGAAAGAAUUUUAUAAAAAAA